UAUUUAUUUAUUUAUUUUUUAUUGAGAGGUCUCCUGGCAGCCCGCCUUAGGAAUUCUGUCUGGCCCCGAUCAGAAUACUGGAGACGAGACCACGAGAUUGAUGAGUUUGCCUUGGGAUUCGGUGAGAAGGUGAAACCAGGGCGAACAUGGGUCAGAAGGUUACUGGAGGGAUCAAGACUGUGGACAUGAGGGACCCCACGUACCGGCCCCUGAAGCAGGAGCUCCAGGGUCUGGAUUACUGCAAGCCCACCCGCCUGGAUCUGCUACUGGACAUGCCCCCUGUGUCCUACGACGUCCAGCUGCUGCAUUCGUGGAACAACAACGACCGGUCGCUCAACGUCUUCGUGAAGGAAGACGACAAACUCAUCUUUCACCGGCAUCCGGUGGCCCAGAGCACAGACGCUAUCAGGGGCAAAGUCGGGUAUACCCGUGGGCUGCACGUGUGGCAGAUCACAUGGGCUAUGAGACAGCGGGGCACACACGCCGUGGUGGGGGUGGCGACGGCAGACGCCCCCCUGCACUCGGUCGGGUACACUACCCUCGUGGGGAAUAAUCACGAGUCCUGGGGCUGGGAUUUGGGGCGCAACCGGCUCUACCAUGAUGGCAAGAACCAGCCAAGCAAAACAUACCCAGCCUUUCUGGAACCAGAUGAGACAUUCAUUGUCCCUGACUCCUUCCUGGUAGCCCUGGACAUGGACGAUGGGACGCUGAGCUUCAUUGUGGAUGGACAGUACAUGGGAGUGGCUUUUCGGGGACUCAAGGGCAAAAAACUGUAUCCUGUAGUGAGUGCCGUCUGGGGCCACUGUGAGAUCCGAAUGCGCUACUUGAACGGACUCGAUCGUAAGUGUCCCCUCUGCUGUCAGAGGCAAUGCCCUCUCUCUGUCCCCAUGGUCCUGGCUGGGCUUAGGCCAAAAGUUGAUACAGUCAUUGGAACUAAGGUGUUUUAA